AUGGAGUACUAUAGGUUGGUCUGGUGUCUGGUGUUGUGUGCCUUGUUUGUUCACAUUAAUGGAGCAGCCAUGUUGGAUGAAAGGAAUAGAAACUCCUCAGAUACCUAUGACUAUGGAGAUGCUAUUGGCAAAGCCAUUUUGUUUUUCGAAGGACAACGCUCUGGGAAGUUACCCUCCUCCCAGAGAAUGAAGUGGAGGGGAGAUUCUGCUCUCUCUGAUGGCAAACUCGAAAAUGUGAACUUGGUCGGAGGAUACUAUGAUGCCGGUGACAAUGUGAAGUUCGUAUGGCCUAUGUCUUUCUCAGUCAGCUUAUUGAGUUGGGCUGCUAUUGAGUACCAGAGUGGUAUAGCUUCAGUGAAUCAGACCCAUUACCUCCAAUCUGCUAUUCGCUGGGGUUCAGAUUUCAUACUGCUAGCUCACUCUUCUCCAACUACUCUCUUCACCCAGGUGGGAGAUGGGAACGCGGAUCAUCAAUGUUGGGAGCGUCCGGAGGACAUGGACACACCUAGAACGCUUUACAAGAUUGAUGCUAAUUCUCCCGGAAGUGAAGUUGCAGCUGAAUCUGCUGCUGCUCUUUCUGCUGCUUCAAUUGUUUUCCAGAAAGUAGAUAGCAAUUAUUCCUCAAGGCUAUUGAACCAAUCAAAAUCACUGUUUGAUUUUGCGGACAAAUACAGAGGUUCAUACUCACAAUCUUGCCCUUUUUACUGUUCGUACUCAGGCUACCAGGAUGAACUAUUGUGGGCUGCCUCUUGGCUAUACAAGGCCAGUGGAGAAAGCAAGUACAUGGACUACAUAUUAAGCAACCAAGGUUCGAGCCAGGUGGCAUCUGAGUUCAGUUGGGAUAACAAAUUUGUUGGAGCUCAGACAUUACUAGCACACGAAUUCUAUGGCGAGAAGAAGGAUCAGUUGGCCCAGUUUAGGAGUAACCUAGAGUCAUUUAUCUGCUCAGUAAUGCCAGGAAGUAACUCUCAGCAGAUAAAGACCACGCCUGGUGGGCUUCUAUAUGUAAGGGACAGUAGUAACUUACAAUAUGUUACAAGCUUGACCACGGUGCUUUUUACAUUCUCCAACAUCCUCAAAAGCAAUCAUAUUGAUGGGAUCCAAUGUGGCUCCACGCAUUUUACAGCCUCCCAAAUUACAGCCUUUGCAAAGACACAGGUGGACUACAUACUAGGAAACAAUCCAAUGAAGAUGUCGUACAUGGUGGGAUUUGGGAGCAAGUAUCCAAGGCACAUUCAUCACAGAGGAUCGUCCAUCCCUUCAAUUAAAGAUCAUCCAGCCAAGGUGGGUUGUAAUGAUGGCCAAUCCGACUAUUACUCUUCCACAAAUCCGAAUCCCAACAUUCUCGUGGGUGCCAUUGUUGGAGGCCCCGAUUCCAAUGACCAAUUUAAUGAUGUCCGAUCCGACUAUUCUCACUCCGAACCUACCACUUACAUGAAUGCUGCUUUUGUGUCUUCCCUCGCUGCUUUGCUCCCUGCACAGAAUAGCAACUCCGCACAUUAUUAA